AGGUCACGGCGUACCUGCCCGCUUCCCGGAAGGGGAGCAGCAGCGUGGGGUUGAGCUUGGCGGCGGGCGCAUCCCGGCCGGUCCUGCUCCCCGUCCCGUCCCGACAUGCAGGCCGUGGAGCGGGACGGGGCGGCGGGUGGCCCUGAGGGGGCGGCGGGGGGCGGUGAGGCCCCUCCCGAGCCCUCCCCACCCAAGGCCGCCGCCGCCGCUGCUUUCGACCUGCUGGAGCUGGUGCGGAGCUACCGGCGGCUGGAGCUCUACCUGGAGCCGCUGCGGGACGCCGCCGAGGGCGUCCGCGCCCUCCUUCGGUGGCAGCGGCCUGUGUGCUCCCUCCUCGUCUGCUUCGGCGUCAACUUCCUCCUCCUCACCCUCGGCCAAGCGGCCUGGUACUGGGUGCUCGCCCUCUUGGUUGCGGUGCCGGCCCUGCUGGGGUACCUGCAGGAGACGUGUCGGGUCCGGCCCUCGGAGCCAGAGCUGGUGCGCCGGCGGUACCACAGCGUCCGCCGGGAGGACCUGCGCAAGGUGCAGCUCUCGCGGCAGGAGGCCAUCGCCCAGGUCAAGAGCUUCCUGAUCCAGCUGGAGGGGUUCCUGAGUGGGAUGUGCUGCAGCUGCGAGGCAGUAUACCGUGUACUGUACUGGGAGAACCCCACUGUCUCUUCCCAGUUUUAUGGGGUGUUGCUGGGCUCUGUCUGCGUCCUUUACCUACUGCCCCUCUGCUGGGUCCUGGCGAUCCUCAACAGCACCCUCUUCCUGGGCAACAUGCAGUUCUACCAAGUGAUAAUGGAGCUCAAGGCCUCGAUUGAGCAGUGCGUGGGCACCAAACCCCUCGAGAAGACGCCAGAACCUGCCGAACCCUUGCCAGCUACCACCCCCCCAGAUCGGACACCCACACCCACCAGUACAGAGGACCUUACCCCUGGCAGCGUGGAAGAGGCUGAGGAGGCAGAGCCUGAUGAAGAGUUCAAAGAUGCUAUUGAGGAGAACCAGCUGCUGGUCAUGGAGGAUGAUGAGAGCUCUCAGUGCUCAGCAGAUUUUGACCUCAGCCUCCCAGACAACGGUUUUAUGAGCAAAAAUGAGGUGAUCCGCAGCAAGGUGUCACGCCUGACUGAGCGUCUGCGCAAGCGCUACCCCAGCAACAACUUUGGGAGCUGUACAGGCUGUGCAGCCACCUUCUCUGUGCUGAAGAAGAGGCGGAGCUGCAGUAACUGUGGGAACAGCUUUUGCUCCAGGUGUUGUUCCUUCAAAGUUCCCAAGGCUGUGAUGGGAGCCACAGCCCCGGAGGCUCAGAGGGAGACAGUGUUUGUGUGUGCUGUGUGCAACCAGGUGCUCAUCAAGUGACUGAAACAGGCCCAGCUAGCUCCUGGGUCCUGCACUGCCUGACAGCCGGGCCAGUGGACAUCCUUGUAGCCAGGAGGCUGGGCCACUUGGUUCCCAGUGUGGCAUCACCCUGCCAGAGGACACUUGCACUCAUUGCUCCUCCUGCCAGUACCAGGCUGGGGCAGACCAGCCCUUUUUGCCAUGCAGUGUCUGCCACACUAGCAGGGUCCCUGUGGCAGAGCAUUGCCCACAGCUGUGCUGCCAUCCCUGUGGCUGCCCCGGCAGCUGCUCCAAGCCCUGGGUGCUCCCUGGCACUCACUAUGCCCUGUCCCAUGCUUGCCCAGGCCCUGCAGCAUGGCUUAGUGAUGGAGGAGCCACCCUUCCCACUUGUGGUCCUACCUCCACCUCCUGGCUGGGGCAGAACAACCUCAGGGCUCUGUCCCUACCUUUCCCAGCACUGUGCUAGGUGACUGUAUUUUUGGGAUCAAGUCAAAGCUCUGCCUGCAUCCCCAGGAGGAUGUGGUCUUUGGGGCUGGCUCAGCUGUGACCCUGCUUGUCACUCCUGCACUCCUCAGCCUCACUGCCUGCAGGUUUAAUCUUUCCCCUGACCACCCCCUACUGUGCCCUGUAUUUGGCUGUAGUGGAGAGGAAGAAAGAGGGCUGUGUGACCAGGUCUCCAGCUGCAGUGUGAGAAGAGACGUGCUGGUGGUGCUCUGUGCACUUAGUGACUGCUGCUUUCUACUACAGAUUAAUAUAUAAGCAUAUAUAGAGAAUGACCAAUAAAUCUCUUACCCUCA